CGUGGGCAUUCAUUUUGCUCUUGACAGGUCGUCCCGUCUUGCCCUUGGGGACCGGAGCGCUGGGUCGGGCCCUUCCCAGACGCCUCCUCGGGACCACUCACUCGGGACAGUGAGGAGGAUGGGGCCGACCAGCGAACCUUUGUACACGCCAUGAUCCCUGUUACGGGAGCCUCCUCUGCACUGGCCUUCAGCCAACGCGGCCCCGCGGAGGUGGCCCCUGCGCCUGGAGCGCAUUUACACAGUGGGGACUGAGGCCUGGGGCUUGACGAUCGGCCUGCGGUCUCCCCGCCCAGUGGACUGUGGGCGUUCCCGAGCCCGCAAGGCCCGCCCGGGUCCGAUGGCGGUGGUGGCGCCGACGGCCCCGGCGCGGCUGUGGCCAUCGUGGCAGGGCCAGGUGACCUUCGAGGAUGUAGCUGUGUAUUUCUCCCAGGAGGACUGGGGGCUCCUUGAUGAGGCUCAGAGGCGCCUGUACCAUGAAGUUAUGCUGGAGAACUUCGCACUUGUGGCUUCGCUGGAUUGCUGGUGUGCAGUGGAGGAAGCCCCAUCUGAGCAGGGUGUUUCUGUAGAAAGUGUGUUCUGGUUCAGGACCUCUGAGGCAGGGACUUCCACCCAGAAAGCCAACAUCUGUGACAUAUGUCACACAGUCUUCAAAGAUAUUCUGCACCUGGCUGAGCACCGUGGAAUAAACCCUGGACAGAAGCUGUAUACCUUUGGGCCAUGUGAGAGAGGCUUCUGGAUCAGUGGGAACCAGCUCCACAAAGAACACAGUGCUGAGAAGCCCUUGAUGUGCAUGGAGGGUGAGAAGGGUAUCCUGGAAGUCUGUGACCUCUUCCGGCACCAGGCCACCUCCAGUGGGUUUAAGCUACAGAACAGCACUGAGCACAGGGCAGCCUUCCCAUCCAGCUCCAAUCUCAGGCAGCAGCAGGGAGUCUUUGAUGCACAGAAGCCCUUCAAGUGCAGCAAAUGUGGGAAAACCUUCCUGAAGGCCUUUGCACUCCUCGACCACCUGCUAAAUCAGGCUGAAGAGAGACACGUAAGGUGCCCCACAGGUGGAAAUGCCCCCAAGGAGAAUUCAACGCAUGUUAAUCAUGAAGAAUUUCACACUGGAGAAACAUCCCAUGUGUGUACGGGAUGUGGAAAGGCCUUUAGCCAUCAGUUUCAACUGAGGACACAUCAGAAAGUUCACACUGAAAAACCACAUCACAAUUGCAGGGAAUGUGGGAAAGUCUUCACCCGCAAACACUCACUUGUUCAGCACCAGAGAGUUCACACUGGAGAAAGGCCUUAUGAGUGUCGUCAGUGUGGGAAGGCCUUCACUCGUAGCUUCCAUGUUAGUCGGCAUCAAAAAGUUCACAACACAGAAAGGCCUUAUGAGUGUAGACAGUGCCGGAGAGUCUUUAGUUGUAUCUCUAACUUUGUUGAGCACCAGAAAAUACACACAGGAGAAAGGCCUUAUGAGUGCAAUGAAUGUGGAAAAGCCUUCAUUAACAACUCCCAUCUUGCUCGACACCAAAAAGUUCAUAACACAGAAAGGCCUUUUGAGUGUAGCCAAUGUGGGAAAGCCUUCCGGCAAACCUCCAAACUUGUUCUGCAUCAAAGGAGUCAUACUGGAGAAAGACCUUAUAAGUGUAACCAAUGUGGGAAAGCCUUCAGUUGCCUCUCCAACCUCGUUCCACACCAGCGAAUUCAUACUGGAGAAAAGCCUUAUGAAUGCUCAGAAUGUGGCAAAGCCUUCAGUCAAAGCUCUGCCCUCAUUCAGCACCAGAAGGUUCACACUAGAGAAAGACCUUAUGAAUGCAGUGAAUGUGGGAAAGCCUUCAGCUAUAGCUCUAACCUUGUUAAGCACCGGAAAGUUCACACUGGAAAAAGGCCUUAUGAAUGCAGCCAGUGUGGGAAAGCCUUCAGUGAAAGCUCCAUCCUCAUUCAGCACCAGAGAGUUCAUACUGGGGAAAAACCUUAUGAGUGCAACAAAUGUGGAAAAGUUUUUCGCUACAGUUCUAACCUUUCUAAGCACCAGAAAAGUCACACUAGAAAAGAGCCUUCUAAGUGCAGUGGACACGGGAACACGUUCAGCCAAAAUCCCAGCCUCAUUCAGCACCAGAAAGGUCACACAAGAGAAAGGCCUUAGGAUUGUGAGUAAUGUUGGAAAGCAUUUAGCUGGGGCCUUCUUGUUCACCCAAAAAAUUCACUUAUGAGAAAACUUCUGUGAGAGGUUUUGGAAGGAAGCUAUCAGUUGAAAUUUGAAAUUUGCACAUCCCAGCACUCCUCCUGGGGGAGAUUACCUGUGAGUGCCAGAUUUGUGGGACACUUUCAGGAGCUAUGUUACACUCUCUAACCUGUCUGGGCCCUUUGUCAGAUAAUGCCACUGCCAGAUGCCAUCUCACCUCUACCAGCUGGUAGGCCUCCACAGUGUGCACCCAUCAUACUCAGGGACAGACCUCUGUGGUCUCUCUCUCAUUCCCUGGAGAGAAGUAUGAGUGAUGGGAGGCCAUUGGGGUCACCUCAUUUCCCAUCUUUCCCCUGACCUGAAUGGUUAAGGCUUUGCCCUGACCCAGUUCUCUCCAAGAGGAUCUGGAGUCUGUUGAGGACUUCCAAAGAAGAUUUUUCCUUCUUCUUGGUCCUUGUUGAGUCUACUGGUGACACCUAUAAUGGAUUUAUCUAGCCUCCAAAUCAUCCAACCCUGGAACCACCUACCUCCAGAGUGUGUGAUAAUAAAGGCCUUAUUCAAGCCA